AUGUUGAAGCUGCUCUGGGCACAACCUGUGGGCUCAUCAGUAGCACCCUUUCAAAGAAGGGAACGCAUUUUAUUUUAUAACAAACAUGAACCUUACUACGAAUUCACGAAUUUCUCGCCACACGACGUUGUCUACGCUGGGAAGAGAUACCCAACUAGCGAGCAUCUCUUCCAGUCUUUCAAAUUUUUGGACUCCCAGCCAGCUAUCGCGGAGCACAUUCGCAAGUGUGGGGACAGGCCAAGUGCCGUGUUCGACGAAGCUCAUCGUCACCAGAAAUGGGUUCGAUCUGACUGGAGACAAGUAAAUGUUGAGAAGAUGGAAGCCACACUUCGACUCAAGUUCACUCAGCAUACAGAUCUAAAGGCAUUGCUUCUUGGCACUGGUAAUGCUGAACUAGUUGAGAACUCCCCAAAGGACUUCUUUUGGGGGAUAGGUGCUGAUGGCUCUGGACGCAACGAACUGGGAAAAGCACUUGAGAGAGUGCGGGAUGAGCUUCGAUACGAUGACAAACCAAACAGGGUGCCCCCUGCCAGGCGUGACACGUCCCGAUUUUCGUUGCAAGACCUGACGUCGCUGGUUGUGGCAGUAGCAUCUCCCCAACCUUCAAUCCAAUCAUCGCAACGCCGCUCCGUUGUUUCCACGGGCAUGGGAAUCGGCCCACCCUCAACAGUACUACCUCAACAUCAAUUCCAAGCGCCGCAGCGUCUCUCCAUUGUUCCCGCAGGCAUGGCGAUCAGCCCGCAGUCAGCAUCUCCUCAGGACGCUGGGCUAUGCGAGUUUUGCCAGCAGAAACCGAAAUAUCAGCACCAUCCUUACUGUGGUAGGACAUGCGCUUCGCAAGCAGCGACCAUGUGCAACCAUUGUCGCAGCAAACCAAAGUACGGCAAACAUCCUUAUUGUUCAAGGACUUGCGCUGUGCAAGCUGGAAAGGCAACCUAG